GUUUGACAUUUCGUCCCUCAACUCGUCCAUUUCGUUUACUGCCACCGCAGAGUAAAGUUUGGACUGGUUCAGCGCUGGUCAAAAAAGUUUGAUUAUCUCGACCAGGACAAGUGAAAAUCCACGAAAAUCGUGCAAAAUGGCCGCCACUGGAAAGGACAUCGAGAAGCCCGUUGCCGAGGCCGCGACCGUUCACCGGAUCCGCAUCACGCUGACCUCGCGCAAUGUCCGCAGCCUGGAGAAGGUGUGCGCUGACCUGAUCAGCGGCGCCAAGAAGCAGAAGCUGCGCGUUAAGGGCCCGGUUCGCAUGCCGACCAAGAUCCUGCGUAUCACGACCCGUAAGACGCCUUGCGGUGAGGGUUCCAAGACUUGGGAUCGUUUCCAGAUGCGCCUGCACAAGCGUAUCAUCGAUCUGCACUCGCCGUCCGAGAUCGUCAAGCAGAUCACCUCGAUCAACAUCGAGCCCGGUGUAGAGGUCGAGGUCACCAUCGCCGACCCUUAAGCUGGGAAGGUCAGCCACCACGAUCCACGGAUGGUGAAGGCAGAUUCCCGGUGAUGGUCGGGGCGGUAGGGAGCGUAAAAGGUCCGAUGCGGAUCUUUGAAGGCUUUGCUGCUCCGGCGAGCGCUGGGCGUUGGCAACGCCAUCACGCGAGAAUAAACUUUUUAUAUUAAAAAGUUUCACAAAACAAAACACAAAUAAAAAUCCAAAAAAAAAACGGAA